AUGUCUUCGCCUCCCGCCGCAUCUCGCAAACGAAAAAAGGCAGUAGUCAACAAAGCAGACGACCUUGACAUUGUGAUGAAAAAAUGCCGCAAGCUCAAGGAAGAACUCCGCCUAAAGGCAUCCAAGUCGACUUCUUCCCGCGAAGAGGAAGAGGAGCUUGGUGAAAUCCCCCCCGGUAUUAUGGAAGUCACUGCAAUGUCGACCACUGAAGUCUUGGAAGGGAUUGAAGCCAUAGCCUUGUCAAUUGCAAGUCAAGUUAUGCGAUGCAACCCUAAAGGUUUCUCCAUGGAGAUUCCGUCUCGGGCUUCUUCGAACCAAGUGUAUGUCAAGGCUUGGGACCGCAUUGUGUUGGGUAGUAAACGCUCCUCCCGUAGUUUUACGAAUGUUAAGGAAUCCCGUAAAUCAGCAAUUACGCUGAGAGCCAUGCAACUCAUACACGCCGUCUUGGACAAACGAAUCCACAUCACCAAACGUGAUUUGUUUUACACCGAUGUCAAACUCUUUGUUGAUCAGGCCGAAUCUGAUGGAGUCUUGGACGAUGUGGCCACCAUGAUUGGUUGCACUCGUAGUAAUUUAAAUGUGGUGGCAUCAGACAAGGGUUUGGUUGUGGGACGGAUUCAGUUCGAGGAGGAUGGGGAUCCAAUUGAUUGUACUCGAAUGGGAGUGGGUGGCAAGGCAAUUCCUCCAUACAUUGACAAAAUUGAGAACAUUCGCAGUGAUGCCGAGUUUGUGCUGUUGGUGGAGAAGGAAGCUGCCUACAUGCGAAUGGCUGAAGAUCGUUUCUACCACAAGUAUCCUUGCAUUGUGAUUACAGCAAAGGGGCAGCCCGAUGUUGCAACAAGAAUGUUUCUCGCGCGAAUUUACAACGAGCUUCAGAUUCCAGUCUUGGCAUUGGUGGAUUCGGAUCCUUAUGGACUGAAAAUCCUUUCUGUGUACAUGUCGGGGUCGAAAAAUAUGAGUUAUGAUAGUGCCAGUCUCACUACUCCAGAUAUUAAAUGGCUGGGGCUUCGACCUUCCGAUUUGAACAAGUACGACUUGCCUGAACAGUGUCGACUAGAUAUGACAGAGAACGAUAUCAAGACGGGGCAAGAAUUGAUGAAGGAGGAGUUUAUUCAGAAAAAUCCAGAGUGGAUGAAAGAGUUGGAAAUCAUGGUCAAGACCAAGAAAAAGGCUGAGAUUCAGGCGUUGUCGUCGUUUGGCUUUCAGUAUGUGACAGAAGAAUAUCUACCACGAAAAUUGAGGGAAGGCGAUUGGAUAUAG